AAAGUUUUCAUUCGUUCAUCAAGCAAUCAAAUCAACGAAACGAAUUUAACGAAAAUAAAUUCAAACAGCAACGGUGACUAACAACUGUUUUUAUUCAAGUUUUAUUACAAAUUGUUUAUAUCAGACCUGAAUUUGAUACGAAAUCUUACUAAUUAACUCAGUGGGAGUUGUUUUCUAUGAGUUUUUUCUACUAUGCUGGCGAAAUGGAAGACAAUACUGACAAACUGGAUAAAUUGCUACAUGAACGAUACCACCGAAAAAUCCCACACAGUAAACAUAGAAUCAUUGCUCAACAUAAUAUCUCAUUUGCGUGAAAACUUUUGUCUGGACGAGUCCAAAUCUUCUAUAUUAGAAGCACACACAUUGGAGGAGUUCAUUGCUGAGAAAUACCCGCAUGUUACAUUUGGAAAUGGAACAAGAGACGCUUCAUCAAAUGAGGACCUGUACAUAGCAGCAUCUCUACUGCUAUUCUUUGUCUGUGUAAACUCUAAAGAUGUGGAUAUGAAGAAUGCUAUGUGCAGUAAACUGAGUCCUCAAGACCAAGAAACCAUCUUGAAGUUCAGCAGAAGUCUCAUGGACUGUCCUGAUGUCACUUACAAGGAGGUGGAGAAUGCCAUAUUAGAGUCCUGUGGGCAAGACAUAGCAAGUGCAGCCCCACCAGACGUCUGCCUGCAAGGCUCUGUGGCCGAGACCCCACCGGCUCUCCGCUCCUUGCAUGGAGAGGUCCGGAGGCUCAAUGCAGCACUGGACGCUGAGCGGUUUGACCGCACCUUCCUGCAGGAAGAACUUGCCAGAACACAGCUGAGGAUUGAGAAACUUGUGAAAGAGAAAGAGCAGCACAAGCAAGACAUCCUGAACCUCAAGGCUAGAAUCUCAUCAUGCUGCGGGGGGGAGGGCGCGGCGCGCGCGGAGGGGGGGCAGGACGCCGCCGCCGCCAAGCUGCUGCGGCAGGUCGAUGACCUCGAGCAGCGGCUGGUGUACACCAGGGCGCUGUUGGAUGAAGCUGUGCAUGAGAGGGACACUUAUAGGGCGAAGGUGAACGAGCUAAAACUCGAGCGCGACAAGUGGGUAACAUUCAGCCAGCAAGAGAGCUCCCGCGCCACGGAGCUCUCGACACAACUGGACUCCGAGCGACGCACGUCCGAAGCUCUGAGGGAGGUACUGGCGGAACUGAGACAGCACCACCGCCACAACGGACUGGAUACUAGCCAGCUCGAGUGCGACGAUCUGGACGCUAGUGUACACUCGUUCGGGAACAAUAUUUCCAUCUGCAACGAGGCGUGCGCCAACGUGGUGGAGGUGCAGCUCGCGGAGGAGCGCGCGCGGGUCGAGGAGCUCAAACAGCAGAUACAAUUGUUGCAGGAUCAACUAAAUGACCUUAACCAGAAAGCAGAGGAAGAGAAGCUUUCAUUUGAGAAAAUCCUCUCAGAUAAAGAUGCGGACGUAAUGAAUCUCAAACACAGAGUAAAUGAGGAGAUAGAAGACAAACACAAUAUCAAAACAUUUUACAGUAACGAGGUUAGUCAACUGAAUAAUGAAAUAAACGAACUUGAACAGAAGAUGAGGGCUGACACCGAAAACUUCUCUCAAGUAAUUGAAACCAAGAUGAAAGAAAUACAAACAUUGCAAGAAGAAAAACUUUCGUUACUUCAAAGCAUGUCAGAUGAAACAACAAAAUUGGAUAAUGUUAUCAAAAAUCACGAAGCUACAAUAGAAAGUCUGAAUUCCGAGCUAAAUAAGGUUAAAACAUCAAAGCAAAAGAUGAAAGAGGAUUAUGAUAACCAUAUCAUGAAGCUAAACGAAAAAGUGUUGAAUAGAAACAAUGAACUUGUUGAGUUACAGAAUAAUGUUUAUGAAAAAAGCGAAAUGAUAGAAACACUACACGUGGAACGGAAGAAAGACAAAGACGCAAGGGAUGAGCUUGAAGCAAACAUAACUGAGUUGACUAAACAAAAUAUGGAUAUUAAUAAUAAUCUCAAACUUAAAAUUGAAGAGAUCCAAAAAUUUACUGAAAAACAAGCAGAAGAUGCAGCUGUUAUAGACAAUCUUAAUAAAGAAUUACAGUCCUUAAAAGAUUGUAAUUUAAGUUUAGCAACUGAUAUAAAGCUACUUAAUGAAACAAAGUGUAAGAUGAUGACAGAAAUACAAUCUCAAAAUGAACUUAUUCAAAAACAGGUUGAGGAAAUUGACGUAUUGCAAAAAUCUUUGACUGAAUUGAAGGAAAAUUACACGACUAUGGUAGAAGAAAAGGAGACAAUGAUUGCCAAUGUGCACAAGGACUUACAAGCUGAAAUAUCAUCUAAAACAGCCCUUGAAACUGAAUUAUCUCAACUCUUUGUUGAAAAAAAUAACUUGGCUGAAGAUGUGAACACACUUCAUAUUAAGGUUACAAAACUCACUAAGGAACUGAAAGAAAAGAAUCAGAUGAUAGAUGCAAUGGAUUUGUACUUGCAAGACGAAAAAGCAUCCAACAUCAAAUUGAAAGGUGAUUGUGAUAAUUUGAACGCAACUAUCCAGCAUAUAUCAGAAAAAGUCCGUUCAAGAGAUGAAAAUAUAAAAUGUCUUCAGGGUGAACUAGAAAAUCUGAAAACCGAAGAUGCCAAAAGUAAGAUGACUAUUGAAUUGAUCAAUAAACAAAUUGCAGAUAAACUUUUGGAAACUGAAGAACUUAAAAAGGCUAUAAUUGCCUUGGAAACGGAAAAAACUACAUUGCUUGAUGAAAUAAAGGAAAAAGCGAAUGUUAUAGUUAUGUGUGAACAUUCCAAUUCCACUUUACAACAAAGUGUGGAUGAAUAUAAAAAAGUUAUCCAGAAAUUGGAGCAAGAUAUUGAAGAACAAUCUGUGAAAUUACAUGAGCUACAGACAGCAUACGACAAUGAUAAGUCUAGGAUGUCAAACAGGAUUCAAGAGACGGAGCGAAUCCUCAAGGAAUUGAGUUCAAAAUCCAAAAAAACUAUUGAAGAAAAUAUUAGUGAAAUACAAAAGCUUAAUAAUGAGAAGGCACUCAUUGAAGAAUCCAAUUAUAUUUUGGAACAGAAAUUACUACAAGAGGAACAAACUAGAAAUGAAAUAAUCAGUGAAAAAGAAAUUAAAUUGAAUGAGUUAAACAUUAAGAUAACUGAAAUGGAAUUAAAGCACAGAGACUUGGAAGAAAAUCACAAAUUGGAGACUGAGACCAACAAUAAAGUAAUUGAAGAUUUGCAAAAACAAAUUGAAAUAUCACAGAAUAUACUUGAAAAGAAAACAAAAACUCAUGAACAGUUGUUAAAGGAAAAGGAUGAAAUAGUUAUGAAAGUUGAAACUAUUACCAAUAAUUUGUCUGCUAUCAAAAAGGACUACGAAAAAGAAACGACCCUUCGUGAAAAUCUAACUUUAAAAAUUCAAGAUAUCCUGAAAGAAAACGAUGUUAAAGUAACUAAACUACAAGAACAACUAAAUGCAGCAAGUGUAAUAUUAGAACAAAAGCAGAUAGAGACCGAUAAACUAACUGAACAAAGUUUAAAAAUAUCAGAAGACCUAAAAAACAAAGACAUUAAUGUAGAAACCGUGACCAAUGAGAUCUUGUCAUUAAAGAACCAGCUAAAAGUGCAACAGGAUAAUUUAGAUGAAGUUAUUCAUGAAAAUAAAGUUUUGCAAGAUCAAUUAAAUGAAAGCAAAGUCUGUGUUGAGACCCUACAAAAUGAAAAGCAAGAACUGGCAGUGGCAAGAAAUCAACUUGUAGAAAAUAUAAAAGAGGAAAAAGCAAGCAAAGACAUCCUUGAAAAUGAAAAAUCCGAACUGAAUCUGGCUAAAGAAAAGCUGAAAAAUCAGCUUCAACAAGAAAAAGCAGCCAGAAAGGCCCAUGAACUUAAACUAGAGAAAGUUCUGGCUACUAAAGAACAGCUGUCGAUUAAACUGAUGGAGGAACUUGCUGCUAAAGAACUUUUAACUUCGCAAAACAAUACCCUGAAUCAUGAAAAGACAAUUCUUUCCCAGCAACUGAUAGAAGAAAAGUCGGCCCGAGAAUUGGUUGACAUAGAGAAGAAAUCUUUAGAACAAGAUCUAAAGGAAGAAAAAUGUGCAAAGGAUAAUAUUCUGAAAGAAAAAGAAGAGUUAGCUUUAUUCAACCAGACUUUGAUACAAAAUGUAUCAGACGUUAAUUCAAUGUAUGAGAUUGUUCUUCAAGAAAAAGAUUUACUAAAGGUAGAAAAGGAUUCACUUAUAAAGAAUUUGACCGAAGAAAAGGCAGCUAAAGAUGAGUUGGAGACAGAGAAAGACAUGCAAGUUUCUAAAAUAGAUGAGUUGAAACAGGAAUAUGAAAAGGAAUUAAACUAUAAACACAAUGAGAUUACUAAUAUUACAAAGAGUUUAGAGACGUUGAAAGAAGAUUACAAUGGUCAAAAUGAAAUUGUAUGCAGCAUAACAAACUCACUUCAAACUGGAUUAGACAAACUAUUGCUGACGCUCAAAAAAGACGACAUCAAAAAUGAGCAGCUACAAAAACUUGUAGCUAAGGUCGAUAAAAAAAAUACUUCAAUAAUGGAACAGUGUGAGCUUUUGAUAAACAUAGCUGUAAUAUUAACAUCAGAGUUAGCGAUGAAAAAAGAUCUUGAAAUAGCUUUAGAACAUGGGAACAUAGCACUCAGUCAGUUAAGGGAGAAACAAACUGAGAUUCAGAGCUUGGAGAUAACCAUGAAUGAGCUUAAAUCUGAACAUGCCAAGAAACACGCAUCGCUUGAGGCAAAUUUACAGGAGAAGAGUACUCUUGUAGAAAUACUCCAGCAUGAAAACCAACUGGUGAAUUCAGAACUGGCCGAUGUGAAGUCACAGUUGGAGACAAAAGUGCAUUCGUUACAAGACAAGCUGCUCGAUAACGAAAAUUUGACGGAGAAGUUGAAGACAGUCUAUGAAAACCAGAUUGAAAACUUGAACCUCAUGUCCAACAAGUUAAGCAAUUAUUUGAAGGACAAAACGGUGGAGUUGGAUGCUUGUCGUAAAGAAAAAGAGAAGUUAUUGAAAAUUGUCGAGGAGAAUAAUAAAACCAUUAAAUCUCUAGAAGAAGAAAUAAAGUCUCACACAGUUAACCAAGACAAACUUAUGAAGGAGUUUGAAUCUGAAAGACAAGUCCUGAAAAACAUGGUGACGGUCACAGAGUCUGUCAUGGAAGACCAGAAAGUUACCCUUGAGAGACAAAUAGACGAACUAACAAAGAACAACCAGUCAUUAGAUGCAGAAAUUAAAGUGGCCAAAGAACAGCUGGAAAUUGUAACUGAAGAUAAAAAAGCUAAGGAUAAAAAACAACAGGAAUUGGAAACUGAAGUGCUUGAUUUGAAAGUCGAGUUACAGGGUAAAGCAGCUAUGGUAGAAAAUUUGCAACAGAAAACCAAUGAAAUGGUUGAAGAUGUAAAUAAGCAUAAGAAUGAUCUUAUUGAAACCAGAGAACAAUAUAACAAUAUUGUAACAGAAACGCAUGAACUAAAACAGGCUUUAGAACUUAAAGAAAAAGAAUUGAACGAAACUAAAGAACAGCUGCAAGAAAAAAUUACGAUGAAAUCAGAGAUUGAUGUGCAAGAGAAGAAAAAUAAAGAGGAGUACAACCAAAAAAUAAACGAUUUGGAAAAGAUUGUGGCUGAAAAAGAAAACAUAAUCACUGAUCUCCGGGCUAAAUACCAAGAUAUAGAACAAAAUGUGACAGCUAAUGAUGAAGUUACUACACAACUAAGAAAUGAAAAAGAAGCUUUGUUGCUAGAAAAGGAUGAAAUUCUACAAAAACUCAAUGAAUUAAGCUCUGCUCUUGACGAAAAGGCGGUUAAGGAUAACGAGGAAUUGGUGAAAUUACAAAACGACAACGCACAUCUCUUAAACACUGUGGAAGGACAGAAAAAAGUGAUAGCAAAUCUAGAACAGCUAGUCAAACACGAGUUGGAACAAAACAAACAAGUCAGAGAUGAAAGUGGCACCGACAAACUAAACCUCAUCAACAAAUGUGCUCGACUCGAACAAUAUCACUCGCAAGCCGAGGCAGAAGUCGAGGAAUGUCGCAAAAAGAUAACCACUUUAGAAGCCGAACUAACGACCUUCAAGUUGAAGGCAGAAGAAGCUAUAUUACGAAGACAACUGAGCGAGAAAGAUAUAAUAGCUGCUAUAACUAAAGAACUCGUAGAAGAGAAGACAGCUAGAGAAAAGUUGUUGCAAGAAUUCGAAGCGAGAAACGCAGAACUGGUCGAAAUGAGACAGAAAUCUGCGCACGCUGCGGACGAGAAAGAGAGAGCCAUGCGCAGAGAACACGACGAUCUCAUGAAGAUAUACGCUCAAAGAGACACCUAUUCAGCGAUUAGUCAAGCGCGACCGGCGUCGAGCACGAAGUACGAAGGCCACGACCACCGCGAGACCAGCGCGCAGGUAGAUAUCUCUCCGGCAGACUAUACACACUCGUCAGACGACAACAAAACCAUCUCCGACCUAGAGAGAAUAGUGCACGACAAGAACAGAACCAUUACCACCUUGCAGAGUGAUAUCACAUACAUGAAGACACUGAUGGGAGAGUCGGAGAACAAACUCAUGGAUGUGACGAAAGAGUUGGAGGUAACGAGGGAAAACUGCCAGCAGUUAUCGAACCAGCUGAAGAAAAUCGUUCACGCCAAGAAUGACGAGAUAGCGGAACUGAAGAAACAAGUCCUGAAAAUGAGCGUGACGGAAAACAGAGCAAGUCAGAUCAUUAAAGUAUCCUCCAAAUAUCAAGCGAUUAUACUGAAGCGAAUCGCGGAAAUCAAGUCGAAUACAGUUUUGAAGGAGUUGACGAACUUUGGAAACACUGCCAAUGUGGAUAAUGAGUUGCGGCGCAGCCUCGCUGGCAGCGUUACCAUGGAGGAUCUCGAGAACUUCCUCGAGACCACCGACAGACAUCUCAAGAGAUGCUCGGAAAAACAACUAACCCUGCAGAAAGAAAGAGACAGACUGCUAGAAGUGAAUCGCAUCAACGAGUCUGAAAUCAUCAGCAUGAAAAAGUUCCUUACAGAACUCUCGAUCGGCUUCAAAACCUUCAGUUCCGUCAAAGAUGUUUACACGCAAAAGUUGAGUCGCAUCGUGUCUAUACAGCGAACAGUAAGACGAGAGAUUUUGAACCUAGACGGGCGGAUAACUGACGCAGCUAUGUGCAAACUUGAGCGGGGUUAUACAGCCGCUAUACAGGACUUGGCUGAAAGCGCCAUGAACUUGGAGCGGUGGGUGGAACGAAGCGUGGCGCGGACGAUAUCGCCAGAGAAGAUCAAGCAAGCGUUCGCUAGCGAAGUGGACCGCGCGUCGAUAGCGGCCGGCACUUACCAGAACACUGGUAUGGAGGUGCAGUUGGAUGAGUUGGAGAACACGUUCAAGAAGCUUCUAGAAGAAGUGGGCCGGGCGCCGAGCGGCGAGGGCGCACGGGACGCGCAGGCCGUCACAGUGAUGGAGGUGCGCGCCGAGUAUGAGGACAAACUGAACAGAAUGAAGGCGAAAAUGAAACAACUUUACCAGGAGCAAAUAUCGAUAUUUAGAGAAAAGCAAAAGGAAGAAAUAUCUGUAAUGGAAAGAGAACUGCAAAAGGCGCGCGACAAGCUAGCGGAAUCAAGCCGGGCCUACGAGGAACACAUCCGAGGCCUGACCACCGAGCUGUGGAGCGUCGGGGAGCGGUUCCUCAUGAAGCAGGACGAGGCGCAGUGGCUGCGGCGGCGCUCCGGCUCCUUGCACUCUCUACAGCACGUGCACUCGUCGGGCCUGCUGGGCCGUGAGGAGCGCGCGCCGCGCCCCUCCGACGCGUGCUCGCUGCGGUCUCUACCCGUGCACAAGGAGGGGAAGGAGACUGAAGGGCGAGGCCUUCACAUGUCGGACGAAGAAGGCGAGGUCUUCGACAACCGCUGGCUGGACGACCUGCACUGCACCCCCCGCGCGCCCCGCGGGCCCCCCAAGGCGCGCCUGUCUGAGCUCCAGUGGAGGAACAGUCUGUGCCCCCCGCACCUCAAGAGCUCGUACCCGGCGGAGACGCAGUUCGCGCCGGCGGUUAAUGAGGAUGAUAUUAAGCUGAGCUCUAUCGGCGGCAAGCAGCGCAAGGAGGUGGGCAUCACGGCGUACAAGAAGCCGGGCCCGCCCACGCCCAGCAAGCAGGCCGGACGGCUCUCCGCCACGGACUCUGAGCUCCGUGAGUCGCUGCGGCCGGACGCGGCGGCGGCGGCGGCGGAGGCGCGCAAGACCAGCACGCCCUCGCGUCUGCGCUCCCUGUUCCGCUCCUCACGCACCGAGACUACCGUAGAGGGUACCCCGCGCAGCAGACGAUUGAGUUUCUUCCGAAGUAAGAAGUAAACCACCGACCUAUGUUAUAUUUUUUUACGAUUAUUGAUUAUGUAUCGAUUCAGUAUUUGAUUAUGUUGAUUAAUAAUAAAAUUAUUAACUUAUUAUUGCUUCGUAA